CGCCGCUGCCGCUGCUGCAUUGUGGGAAGCGGCCGCCUGAGCCGGACCCACCUCACUCGCCGCCGCCCAGACUGACUCCUGCCUCUGCCGCAGCGGCGGCCGCCGCCAUCGCCAUGGGGGCCGUGACCGACGAUGAAGUUAUUCGCAAGCGACUUUUGAUUGAUGGAGAUGGUGCAGGUGAUGACAGAAGAAUUAAUUUGUUGGUGAAGAGUUUCAUCAAGUGGUGCAAUUCUGGAUCUCAAGAAGAAGGGUACACCCAAUAUCAGCGCAUGCUGAGCACCCUAUCACAGUGUGAAUUUUCAAUGGGAAAAACCUUGCUUGUAUAUGAUAUGAAUCUCAGAGAGAUGGAGAAUUAUGAAAAAAUCUACAAAGAUAUUGAAAAUAGCAUAGCUGCAGCACAUGACAAAAUUGCAGAGUGCAAAAAGCAGAUUCUUCAAGCAAAACGAAUACGAAAAAAUCGCCAAGAAUAUGAUGCUUUGGCUAAAGUAAUACAGCACCAUCCAGAUAGACAUGAAACAUUAAAGCAAUUAGAAGCACUGGGGAAAGAACUUCAACAUCUUUCGCAUAUCAAAGAAAAUGUUGAAGACAAACUGGAGUUAAGACGAAAGCAAUUUCAUGUUCUUCUGAGCACAAUUCAUGAGCUUCAGCAGACACUGGAAAAUGAUGAGAAACUUUCAGAAGCAGAAGACUCCUCCCCAAUGGAUGCAGAAGAUAAAGAAUAGAUGGAUUCUAGAUGUAAUUUAGAAGCCUUGGAUUUUUUGUUUUUGUUUGUUUAAACUGAUGAAUAAAUAGAACUUUACUUUUUUGUCCUUAUGAACUCAGUUUUGUUUCCACUGAAGUGCAUUUUAUCUUGAUGUUUAAAUAUUCUGUCAUUUUUGUACAAUGAAUAAAUAGGUAGAAUUCCAUAAUAAAAUUAUUCAAUCUUGGAUUCGCA